AUGUUCUGGCGCAAGAAGCAGGCCGUCGAGCCAAACGUCUCCGAGACCACGGUCGACGCCGAGACGGCCGGAACACCGCCCAUCACCCAGAAACCCUUCCUGCAAGCUAUAUGGCCCGUCCUCGCUUGCGGCGCAGGACUCUUCUCUGACGGCUAUGUCAACAACGUUAUCGGCUCCGUCAACACGACGCUGAAGUACGAGUAUGGCGACGUUUACAAGAACUCAAACGCCUACAGCGUCGUGCCGGCUAUCGCCUUCGCCGGAACGGUCGUCGGCCAACUUGUCUUUGGAUAUACCUCCGACAAGUGGUCUCGCAAGGACUCCCUGCUUGUGUCUACCGUCAUUCUGAUUGUCUUCACCGCACUUGCAGCCGGGUCUUACUGGCAUGGCGAAGCUCACGGCUUGUUCAGCAUGCUGACCGCUUGGCGGUUCUUCGUCGGUGUUGGAAUUGGAGGCGAAUACCCAGCCGGCAGUGUAAGCUGCGCCGAGUCCACCGGUGAGCUGAAAGGUGGCACCCGAAACCGCUGGUUCAUUCUGUUCACCAACUCCAUGAUUGACUGGGGGUUUGUCAUCGGUGCAUUUGUGCCCUAUGUCGUCGCGGCGGCGGCGCACAACACUAACUACGGCACCAUAUGGCGUACAAGCUUGGGAAUUGGCACUGUCUUCCCGCUCAUUCUCUUCAUUCUGCGUCUGAGGCUCAAGGAACCUGAAGAGUUUCAGAGGAACUCUAUGAAGCACGUCAAGACUCCAUACUCUCUGGUCCUUAGAUUCUAUGGGUACCGUCUGUUCGUUGUCAGUCUGAUCUGGUUCAUCUACGAUUUCUCGGCAUACGCCUUUGGAAUCUUCUCCAGCCCCAUCCUUGCUAGUAUCUAUGGUGAGGGUGCUCCAUUGACGACUGUCUUUGGCUGGAACACCGUCAUCAAUUUGUUCUACAUACCCGGAACCAUGCUCGGCGCUCCCGUCAGCGACCGCUUGGGGCCUCGCCUUACUCUUGUUAUCGGUGUGCUUUGCCAAGCUAUUAUCGGUUUUAUCAUGGCUGGCUGCUACCCCCAACUGGCUCAGCCGAACGUUGUCGGUGCUUUCGCUGUUGUAUACGGCAUCUUUCUGGCAUUCGGUGAAUUUGGACCGGGCAACAACAUUGGUCUUCUGGCGGCCAAGACCUGCGCCACGGGGGUUCGCGGACAAUAUUACGGCAUCGCCGCCGCCGUUGGAAAGAUAGGCGCCUUUGUAGGCGUUUACGUGUUCCCCUACAUUGAAGCUGCUGGGGGCACAGGGGCAGGUUUCUACCAAUACCCCUUCUACGUUAGCUCGAGCUUGUGUAUUCUUGCGGCGGCGCUGGCAUGGUUCUGUCUCCCCAACAUUGACCAGGACACCAUCACGCUGGAGGAUGAGAGGUUCAGGAAAUACUUAACGAGCAAGGGCUGGGAUGUCCGACAGCUGGGCCUCAACAAGGGGGAGAGUCUCGAUUCCAUGCCGGCGGAGACAGGGGUCCAGAAGGCUUGA